AUGGCUGAAUACGCCACGCUCAAGGUGCCUGAGCUGAAGAAGCUAUUGGCCGAGAAGGGCCUUCCUCAGACUGGCAACAAGGCGGAUCUCAUCUCAAGACUCCAAGAGAACGACAACAAGCAGUCCGAGCCAGAGGCGAAGCCCGCCGAGAACAAGGAGGACGAGAUUAGUUACAGCGACGACGAAGCUCCCGCCGCACCUGACGCUGCUGUUCCCGCUGCUACCUCUGCGCCCGUCGAGGCUCCUGCUGCUGAGGCUGCUCCUGCCGAACCUGCAAAGGCCGAGGAGGCUGCGGAAGAGAAGCCCGAGGAGACCGCAGAGGCCAAGGCUGCUGCUGAGUCCGAAAAGUACGCCGCUGGAUUGUCAUCUACCGCUGCCGACGAGGAGGCUAAGAAGCGACUCGAACGCGCUAAGCGUUUCGGUAUUGAGGAGGAUGAUGACGCGAAGAAGCGCGCCGACCGUGCGAAGCGAUUCGGUCUCGAUGAGAAGGAGUUGGCUACUACCCUAGACUCCGCUCUUCCUGAGCGUUCGCGAAAGCGAGGCCGAGAGGCCAAGACUGAGACCGAAGGAGGCCGACCGGGUAAGCGACAGAGUAUGGAUCGACGAAACGGUCCUGGCGGCCGACGACGUCAAGGACGCGGUGGCCGCGACGGAGGUCGUGACGGCGGCGCUCGAAAAGAGGGCGCUGCAACCCGAAGCGGUAGCGGUAUUCUCAACGACCCGACUGAGAAGGCCAAGGCUGAGAAGCGCGCUGCUAGAUUCGCUGGAAACUGA